GCUCCCUUCCUUUCACUUGCGCUCUUUAUCUCUUUCAGCUUCAUUGCUUACUUCUUCUCCUUUAUUUACUUUCACACUCAAAUCUCAAUAAUAAUAAAAUGGCCCUCAAGUUGUACGGGGCAGCCAUGUCCCCCUGCACCUCUCGUGUGAUGACCUGUUUGCAUGAAAAAGAAGCUGAUUUCGAGCUCAUUCCAAUCGACCUUUUUGCCGGUGAACACAAGCAGCUUCCUUUCCUAGCCAAGAACCCCUUUGGUCAGAUUCCAGCGUUAGAAGAUGGCGAUCUCAGUCUUUUUGAAUCUAGAGCCAUCUCAGCAUACGUGGCUGAAAAGUAUAAGGAAGCAGGCCAUGAUCUAAUCAGGUGCCAAAGCCUAAAAGAAGCGGCUGAGGUGAAAGUGUGGAUGGAGGUGGAAUCCCAGCAAUACCAUCCCGCAAUUUCCCCAAUCAUAUUCCAGUUCUUUGCGGCACCUCUGCAGGGAAAAGUCCCCGAUCAAGCAAUCAUCGAUGAAAACUUGGAGAAGCUAGGCAAAGUGCUGGACGUAUACGAGGAGAAACUGAGCCGCACCAAGUACCUUGCGGGUGAUUUCUACAGCUUGGCCGAUUUGUUCCACUUGUCUUUCACUUACUAUUUCAUGAAAACCCCUUGUGCUAACCUGAUAAAUGAGCGUCCACAUGUUAAGGCUUGGUGGGAAGAUAUUUCCUCCAGGCCUGCUUUCCAGAAGGUGGCUUCAGCCAUGACAUUCGGCGAGAAGGGGAACUAAACUGAUCAUCAAAGGGUUAACUUUUUUUAAUUAUUAUGAAAUUUUAAACAAGUUUUGGCAUUGUUGGGACUUAGGGGUUGGUUGUUUUCACUUGAUUGUUAUGAAAAUUUAUAAUAAUUUCAAAAUGUGAUGCUUGUGCGUUUC